AGUUAUUCUUAGCUUACCCAUAUUGUUUAUUCGCCAGUUACAUAUCGGCCGGAACGGACCAGCCAGCGAUAGCAGUAGCGCUUCCAUCAGAAAAUGGCAGAGACAGAUUCGUUGUCCUCUUCCAACGGAGAAGACGCGUCCCCCUUGCCGACAUCGGCCUCCGCAUCACUCUCGUCGAUUGCAGAAAAUUUUCAGCGUUCUGCAAUUGAAUCCGCACGUACUAUGCAACACAGUUCUUCCACUCAUUUUCAUACCUUUCAGAAGUUUUUGCCAGAAGCAGUGUCGCAGUAUAGAACUUAUGAAGACGCCUUCUUCAGUAAAAUUAAAGAUGGCUUGAUGGUAGCACGGGAGAAUCCAGCUUUAGGUGUUGGUUUUGCUGUUUCUGCUGCCCUUCUUGUUAUGAGAGCUCCAAGAAGAUUUCUGUUUCGUCAAACAUUGGGUCGAUUUCAAAGUGAGGAGGCACGAUAUGCAAGUGCCGAGAAGAAUGUGAAGGACUUGAACCUCUCAGUAAAUUUACUGAGGAAGGAGAGCAUAAAAUUGCUUCAAAGGACAGCUCUUGCUGAAAAGGAAAUGAAAUAUGGGCAUAACGAACUGAUGAACACUGGAGCCCAAUUACAACGGCUGGCAAAAUCAUCAUACAAGGUUGAAGCCAGAGCUACUGAUUUAAUAGACAGGCUGCGAGAAAUACCUAGUCGGGAAGCUCUGGCACUUCGAGCUGAGGUUGCCUCUUUGGCUUCAAAUUUGAAGCGGCAGAGAUCUGUGCUGGACAAACGGAUAAUGAAGAUAUCUGAGUUAGGGAUUUCUGUGUGAAUCAGCACACAAGUUUUGGUCCUUCCCUUAACGCACACCCAUGUCAAUCAUCUUACUUUAUUUGGAUAAGUUCUCCUGAGGCGGGUAGCUUUACUUACAAUGCAGACCCAUCCAUUGGGGCAUCAAUAUUUGUUAGUCAAUUCAAUGAAUAUGUAGAUGAGUACUUAAUAAAAAGGUGUGACUGAAAAACUUUUCUCAAGAUAUUACAGCUUUAAAGCAGUUAAAAGUGAAAGAGACCUUAGAGUCUGUUUGUUCAAGUUUUAGGCAGCAACUAUUGUGAAACAUUAAUUUUAGGGGAUCUAUGAUAGAUCACAUUUUAAUUUUGUUUGGACC